UAUUGCUAUGUAUUGACCAUAGUGCAAAAAAAUAUCAAAGCCCUAAGUUGAAAGUUUGAAAAUGAACUUUAAGAAGAAUGUAAAGAUCCGAGAUAACCACGCAGAUGUCUUGCUAAACUUAAUGUGUAGGAAACAAAUGCAAAAGAGCAAGUGUUUUUAAAAUUGUCCUUUUAUUAAUUUUGUCAUGAAUGUAUUGAAUUGAUUUGUUAAAGAAUAAUUCUCCUGUUACAAAUUUAAAAAGUAUUACAUUGAGUGCAUUAAUAGUUGUUACCACAUUUGAAGAUUGCCCGAUCCAGUUACAGAUAAUUAAUCUUAUAAUCAAAUCUGUGUCUUGCCACAUUUUUGGCUGCACUUCUUUGCAUUGAAAUCCUGAGGUUAUUUUUUUCUUUUUAAAGUGAUCUGAUGAAAGUAAAUUCACCAAAAGGCACAAAGCAAAAACAGCGUUUAACAGUUAAUUUGCCAGACUACAUUCUUCAGUUUGGGGUGUAGGUCAUAACUGAUGUCUUGUUUAAAAAAGAAAAAAGCAGGACUGUGUCCUUUACUAGAACGAUAAAACCACAGUUCAUCCAUGUGGAGGCAUCUAACUCAGCACAAAGUCAUAGUCACAGCAGCAAAGCAUGAGCAUUGCACGACAGGUCCUGAACUGCUCCAGGUUUACAUGUCGAUCAGCUCACGUAACCUGCAGAAAGACAUUUACUACUUCACAGCACGUAAUGAUGUCACGGCACACACAUGCCAAAAGAAUUGAAGGACUGGACAAGAACGUCUGGGUGGCUUUCACGGCACUGGCAGCCGACCCAUCUGUUGUUAACCUGGGCCAGGGCUUUCCAGACAUUCCUCCACCUUCUUAUGUCAAGGAGGCGCUAGCGAAGGCCGCAUCAGUUGACAGGAUGAACCAGUACACCAGAGGCUUUGGGCAUCCAUCAUUGGUGAAGGCCCUCUCUCAGGUGUAUGGGAAGGCCUAUGGACGUCAGAUUGAUCCCUUAAAAGAAAUUCUGGUCACGGUUGGUGGUUAUGGUUCCUUAUUUAGCGCCAUCCAAGCUCUAGUGGAAGAAGGAGAUGAGGUCAUCAUUAUUGAACCUUUCUUUGAUUGUUAUGUACCUAUGGUUCGUAUGGCCGGGGGCAAGCCUGUGUUGAUACCGCUAAGAGUUAAGUCUGGAAAGAAGACGAUCACAAGCGCUGACUGGUUUCUGGACCCAGAUGAGCUCGCAGGUAAAUUCAACUCUAAGACAAAGGCCAUCAUCAUCAACACUCCCAACAAUCCCAUUGGAAAGGUUUUCACCAAAGACGAGCUGCAGAUGAUCGCAGACCUCUGCAUUAAACAUGACACUCUGUGCUUCAGUGAUGAGGUUUAUGAGUGGCUCGUCUACAGGGGACACCAGCAUGUCAAAAUUGCAACUCUGCCUGGAAUGUGGGAUAGAACUGUUACUAUUGGCAGUGCAGGAAAGACGUUUAGUGUGACUGGAUGGAAGCUUGGUUGGUCUAUUGGACCUGAGCACUUGAUGAAGCAUCUUCAGACAGUCAUGCAGAAUUCCCUGUACACCUGUCCCACACCUCUGCAGGAGGCAGUGGCACAAGGUUUACUCCUAAACUAUGAGCUGAUGGAUCAGCCUGAGUGUUAUUUCACUUCACUGGCAGAUGAACUUGAAGGAAAGAGGGACCGCCUGGCUGCCAUUGUGGAGGAGGCUGGCAUGACUCCCGUAAUCCCAGAGGGAGGCUACUUCAUGCUCGUGGAUGUCACAGCUCUUAAUCAGGACCUUUCACAUAUGGAUGAGGAUGAAGCCUAUGACUACAAGUUUGUGAAGUGGAUGAUUAAAGAAAAGAAACUAGCAGCCAUUCCAGUUACUGCAUUUGUUGGAGAAGAGUCUACGAAAGACUUUGAGAAAUAUAUUCGCCUUUGCUUCAUUAAGCAAGAUAGUACUCUCGACGCAGCGCGGAGCAUCUUGAAGAGCUGGACGAAGGUUUAACGGGAGGUGCUUCGGAAGACUUCUACACUAACUGGAAAUUAGUCAAAUGUAUUAGAAGAGUUGAAUAUAGAGUACAUAUUUUGAACUGUACAGUGUGUUAGGAGAAAGGAAACCCAAAUAUUGAAUAGAUGGAAAAAACCCUAGUCAGUCAUUCUGUUUUUGGCUGUUAUUUGUAGAGGGUUAAAUCAUGAAACAGAACAAGAAGAAAGAAUCUGCUGUAACUGUGCCUUUUCUGUGUCCUCUCUUUCCACUAAAACUAUGGGACUGGUUUGUUAAAACUUUAUUGUGAUCAAAUGUUUUGUAAAAUUUUAGUGCUAAUCAUUGGAUUAACGGCAAUCUGCUGGUACCAAACAUCCAUAAAGGUUUAAGACUCCUUUUAAAAAGUACAGUUAUUAAAUGUAUUGACAAGGAUGCUGAAGAUGUAGCUCCCAGGCAGGAGGAAAUGGGAACGAUAUCAAAGGAAGGAGAUACAUGAAUAUAGUGAAUGAGGACAUGCAGAGGGGUUGAUUUAUUAGAAGUAGAUGUUAGGGAUGGAGUGAGCUGAAGGCCGAUGAUGCACUGUGGCGAUCCCUAAAGGGAGCAGCCCAAAGAAGCUUGAGAAUUAA